UACUUAUAACAACAGCUAACUUAGCAAGAGACAAAGUAAAAUUUAUUGGCAAAUUUUUGGUUUAAUAGCAUUUAUUUCCUUGGAAUAAUUUGUGGUAAUUGUAAUAAGUGUUUAUAUACAUAUAUAGUUUUAUUGGCAAAAGGCUAUUGGCCAGCUAUAUUAUUGUGUGUUAAAAUUUGAUUGAAAUAACAUAUUUAACAUGUCUAGCGAAGACCAAAGUAUUGAUUCCAGCGAAAGUAUGGACGAAAAGCUGUUCAAAUAUACUUCGAGCUCACAGAAAAAAUCUAAAAAAGAAAAGAAACAUAAAAAAUCAGGUAAAAGCGAAAAAUCUCAUAAGAAGCAUAAAAAGUCAAAAAAGCGACAUCACAAACACAGCGAGUCUUCAAUUUCCGAAGAUGCUGGUAAUCAGCGUCGUAGUGGAGCUUUAAAUGAGAAAUUUACCGAAAUUAUGUAUAAAGUUACCAAAGAUGUUACGUCAGUUAACCGGAGUGAUCAGUCAAACGGAGGUAGGUUUGGUAUCACGAAAACUCAUAUUCAAACAGACCCUGGCAGCCUGGUAGAAGAGAUUACUAAGACGAUACAAAAUAAUAUCUUGCCAACAAUGGAAGUAGCGUCUUCUGGUAGCGAAAGUGAAGUACCAAAUGACGUCGCUAGCCCAGAUGUAGCAAUUAUAGAAGAUGAGCUUAAUCUUGAUGAACUGAUGAAACAAAAAGCUCUACUUCAAGCACGCUUAGGUGCAUAUUUGUCAGAGUCUGAUGGUGAAAGUAGCCAAUCCAAUAAUGAAUCAACAGCAAACCACAGCCAACGUAAAGAAAUCGUUAACACAAUAGUAUGCGAUGAUAAAAUGAAGACCGAUACCCACCGAUCAGUUAAGAAGCGGUCAUUGUCCUCUUCGUCAACAACUAGUAAAAAUGUUAUUAGUAAACAUAGUAAAAAACAUAUUUCAAAUGAACCCGAUGUUAUAUUAUUGGAUGAUUCUAGCGGUGGUCAACGUACUCCAGAGGCAAAACGUAAACCUUCACGUCAACCACAUGUGAUCAACAAAGACGAUCGUGUGCUGUCACCACGGAGAAGGUCCGCAACGGAGCACUACCACCACAAUCGCCAUUCUCUAAACGAUUCACAACCGCCACGUCGCCAUAGUUCACGAGACCGGCAUUCAACUCUUGUUAAGCGCAGCCGUAGUCGAUCUCAGCGUCGUGAUUCAGAUCCUCAACGGCGUCGUGAUGAUAGUCAUAGCCGUGGUCGGCAACGGCGUGAUAUGCAUGAUCAAAACCGAAAUAAGGAAGAUCUUCGACUGGAGAUAAACAGAGACAAACGCCGCGAAAGAGAGAACAGUCGUGACCGCCGAGGGCGAGACGAUCGAAAUAAACAGACGGAUCGCGGAGGUGGAUGCACUUUUGGUAAUAUUCGUGGACGCGAGCGUGAACGAGAACGUGAUAGAGAUCGUAGAAUGCGAUCUCACAGUCGCAGUAAAGUUGAGUCGGACAGACGUCGGGUUGAACGGGAACGACAGCGCGAAGGAAAAAACGACAGAGAUGGAUGGAAAGGUGAGGAUCGCGGACGUGAUCGUGAGAGGGACCGUUACCGCGGUUCUCUUAGCGAAGGUCAAAAAGCUGAAGUCAAAGAUACAAGCAGUGAAGAUGACAACUUAGAUAUUGACAUCAAUGAAGACGAAGAUGAAGAGGAGAGAAUAAUUGAAAUGCGACGAAAACAACGCGAAGAAUUAUUGAAAAAACUUGGUAAUAAAAAAGAAGCAUCACCACCUAAUAAUAUUACACAUUAUCGAAGGGAAGACAGUAUACCGAGAAAAGAGAGUGGUAAGGACUAUGAGCCUUUGGCUGACAAUUCUCCAGCUAAAUCGACGCCUGAUGUGGAAUCAAAUAUUAUGGAAGAUAAUGAUUUAGACGAUGAGAAAAAAACUAAAACAUCAGUAAAAGAGAAACGCCCUGAAUGGGAUAUGUUUGCAGAUCAAGACGUGGACUCAAACUUUGAUUCCCCUGGCGCAAUAAUCUUGAAUAAAACACAGCAUGAAAACCCGGCAUUAACAGAUAAUUGGGAUGACGCCGAAGGUUAUUAUCGGGUGCGUAUAGGAGAAAUUCUGGACAACCGUUAUGUUGUUAGCGGCUAUACAGGACAGGGUGUUUUUAGUAACGUAGUGAGAGCACGGGAUCAAGCGCGAGGAAAUGCUAAUGUUGCUGUUAAAAUUAUUCGUAAUAAUGAAAUAAUGCAUAAAACUGGUCUGCGUGAACUGGAAAUUCUUAAAAAAUUAAAUGAUGCCGAUCCAGAGGAUCGCUUCCAUUGUUUAAGGCUUUUCAGACAUUUUUUCCAUAAGCAGCAUCUCUGCAUGGUGUUUGAGCCACUAUCUAUGAAUCUUCGAGAAGUGCUUAAAAAAUAUGGUAAAAAUGUUGGCUUACAUAUAAAGGCGGUGCGUAGUUAUACUCAGCAGUUAUUUUUGGCGCUUAAACUACUUAAAAAAACUGGCAUACUUCACGCUGAUAUUAAGCCCGAUAACAUUCUAGUGAAUGAAAAUAAUUUGUGUCUGAAACUUUGCGAUUUUGGAUCUGCAUCGACCAUUAACGAUAAUGAAAUAACACCAUAUUUAAUAUCGCGUUUCUAUCGUGCACCAGAAAUAAUAUUGGGCAUAAAUUAUGAUUACGGUAUCGACAUGUGGUCAGCUGGUUGUACCAUUUAUGAGCUAUAUACUGGCAAAAUUCUCUUCAGUGGAAAAAGUAACAACCAAAUGCUAAAGUUCUUCAUGGACUUGAAAGGAAAAAUACCGAACCGCAUCAUUCGCAAGGGUCAAUUCAAGGAUCAACAUUUUGAUCAAAGCUGUAAUUUCCUUUAUCACGAAAUUGACAAAAUUACAGAACGGGAAAAAAUUGUCGUUAUGCCUGUGAUAAAAGCUGCACGAAAUUUACAACAAGAGCUAGUGGCUGAUCAGAAUUUACCAGAUGACCAACUGCGUAAAGUGACACAAUUGAAAGAUUUAUUAGAUAAUAUGUUUGCACUAGAUCCAUCGAAACGAAUCUCUUUAAAUCAGGCGCUUACGCAUCCUUUCAUUCAAGAAAAGAUGUAAACGACCAUUUAAGCAAAACAAUUUGUCGCAUUUUAUUAAACCGACAUGAGGUGUAAGAGUGAACUAUGGACGCCGAUACAUCGGGCAAACAUACAACAAUGUAAUUCUUUCCUAAAAUGCUGCUAAUUUUGUAUUAUAUUUUACAUUAUGGCAGUAAAUAGUGUUUAUAUAAUUAAGUAUUAUACAAUUACUUAUACGCGAAAUAUGACGUAUCAUCGACAAAUAUUUUUAUGUACAAUUGUACAAGACAAGAGAAAAACUUUGCAGAAAUGCAACGGUGCUUUUUGAGCAAGAAAUAUUUUUAUUUGGAAAUUAAGUGUAAUUAAUUUUACUACUAAAACUUUGGCUAGUUUCAGUAAUUAACUUCAAAUACUUUGCCACAGUACAAAACUAAUAAAAAUCUGUCAGCUCAUGUCAAGUAGUGUUCUAAGUCUUGAACUAGUAUACCUUUCACUGCAUUAUACAUAAAUUGGAAUGUAACAUAACUGAAAUGAGUAAUUUAUUUAAUUGUGUUGUGAAAACCAGAUAACAUCAAAAUCCAAACUUGUAUCGUAUUAAAUGACUUUAGUUAAUAUGUAAAAUA